CCACCGGAACAUUUCGGGAGUAGAACCUACAGUAGACACCACUCGUCGGCUCGUAUCUUAACGCCUUUAGUGCCACGCGACUAGUUAAGCUCGAACUUACGUAUAAAACGCGAAGCUCACCCACGCUAAAGCUCAGUAUACUUCGUGACGCGCUUUGACUCACAUGGCUACCAUCCUCCAGACCAUGACUCUUGGACAACAAUCGAGAACAAUGUACAACCUGGUACAGCAGCAGUCGCCGCAAAAUAAUUGUGUUAUCGUUCCUAACUCGCUUCAGAAACAGACUGUCAUAACUCAGAAACGUGCCAUAGCUCCGAACCCUGUGGAAAGGACGUCGGUUUUAGUCAACAACAACAAUAACAACGAUCUUCGUUGUAAACGGAAAAUUCAGUUCAUGCCUUAUGGAGCUUCUCCUCAACAACCAGCCUCUGUGGCUAGAAGAAACGCCAGGGAGAGAAAUCGAGUGAAACAAGUUAACAACGGUUUUGCAACUUUAAGACAGCAUAUCCCAGCAUCCCUUGCCUCAGCUAUUUCUCCCCAAAGUGGUGGUGGAACCGGUAGAGGUGCCAGUAAGAAACUCAGCAAAGUCGAAACUCUCAGACUUGCAGUAGAAUACAUCAGGAGCCUUCAACAACUCAUCGACGAACAUGAGAACGACAACUCAAUAAACAGGGUGAUGAACGAGACAUUGGACAACAGGUAUUACACCAACAGUCCGGAUUCUCUUAACCAGCAAUAUUCCUCCUACCCAAUUCUACUGCCUACGCCUUCGUGCUCAGAAGCAUCAGUAUCACCGACGCCCUCUCAAGGAUCAGAAAGUUCCUACUCAGCAGCCUCAGUUUACACGAAUAACUUGUAUCAAGAAACAUACGAGAACUACGAACCAAAGAGUCCUGUGGACGAGGAACUUCUAGACGUCAUAUUUUCAUGGCAGCAAAACGAAUAACGAGAAUCUCAAGAAUUUCUUGGCCAGUCGAUUCCAGACAAUAAAGAUUAAUUCCAGUGCCUUUUGAAAGCCAGUGAUGUACAGAAUUUACGGUCCAUUUUAUAGAGUUUAUACAAUUGUUUUCUAGUCAUUUUUGUACAUUUUUUGUAUAUAUUGUUUAUAUAGUUGGUUAAGUUGUAGAUUUGUUACUAGUUUACCAUGACAUUUUCCAUUCCAAACUGAAUAGUUUAUUGAAAAUUCCUAUUGUGUUUCAUAUCGAAAAACUGUUGAUUUAAGGUGAUUUAGCCUUAUUGCAAAUUUAUAUUAGAGAAGUUUGGUACUGAUCAAAAUUUGUUAUUAAUACUUGAAAAGCUCCUUAAUAGGCUAAGAAGUUUUUUAAUGUGUAAGUUUGUUAAAAACGAAAUAUUCAUGACAGUCCUAUGUAGUUAAGUUAUUUUUGUACAAUUCUAUUUUUGAUACUGAACAAUGAGAGUUUUCUCGCGAAAUAAAACUGUAUAAUAUUUA